GCCUGGAGUCCGCCAUUUGUGUCACAUUUUGAGUGCAAAUCGUGUUUACAGUCAUUAUUAAAAUGUGUUUUUAAUUGUGAUUACAAUUAAUCCCACAAUUAAUUGCAUUUCACGUCAACUGAUUGUCACUCAGUUAUGACAGACGCCGGCUUUUUUCGGGGCACGAGUGCUGAACAGGACAACCGGUUCGCCGAUAAGCACAAGAAACUGUUGAAACAAUUGAAGUUUAAUGAGAUUCUGGUCAACAAAGUGGACAUAAAGAAAGUGAAUUUGGAUGUCUUGAGGCCAUGGAUUCACACGAGAAUUGCUGCGUUGCUGGAGAUGGAGGACGAAGUUGUGGUCGAAUAUGUCGUAAACCAAUUGCAGGCCGAAAAGUUCCCGGACGGAAAGCUGAUGCAAAUCAAUUUAACCGGUUUUCUCAACGGCAAGAAAGCGCGUGAAUUUAUGGGCGAUCUCUGGACUCUAUUGAUCAGCGCUCAGAACUCUGCCGACGGUAUUCCCGAAGAGAUGGUUACUCAGAAGAAGGAAGAGAUUAAGAGACGAGAGGCUGAAGAACUGAAAAACGCGACCGAAGAAAAAGCGAAGAAUGGGAAACCUUUUGGCAGAUCGUCACCAAAUCGGCGCAGAUCUCGUUCCCGAUCUCCCGCCCGAAGGAACUCACGCUCUCCGCGGAGACGAUCGCCGAUAUCCCGAAGCCGUCGGAGUCGGUCUCGUAGUCCGCGCGGACGGAAACCUCCGCCCAAAAGGGAAUACUUAGCUAAGAGUACUUCGCGAUCGAAAAGUCGCUCUAAGAGUAGGUCGCGUUCACCCGCGCGAAGACGUUUCGUGAGUCCCAGCAAAGGGUCGGCGAAGAAUGCGUCGCCACAGAAAGAGUCGUCAAAAUCUCGCACUCCUUCUCCGAAAAGAAGCACAAGUUCUGCUCCGAGUUCUCGAUCGCCGUCUCCGGCACUCAAACUAAAACCAGAUCCCGAGGAAAGUGUAGUAAAACCCAAAGUGAACGACACUAACAGUAAUCCAUCGCCUGAUAAGAAACGUCAAUACAGAGGAAGGGAUUCAAAAGAGAAGAGCGGUUCCGAUGGAUCCAAGUCUGGCUCGAGAUCUCGGUCGAAGUCAGGCUCGAAAUCUCGUUCGCGAUCUAAUUCGAGAUCAAAGUCUGGCUCCAAAUCCCGUUCGCCGUCCCCUCGAAGGAGACGUCCCUCAGCUUCGCCCCGAAGGAGACGCUCCAGAAGUAGAUCUUUGAGGCGUAGAAGUCGUAGUCGAUCUCGUAGUCCAAGAGGUUAUGGCAGAUAUCGAAGCCCUCCCCGCCGUGGGUUCGGACGAAUGCAAUCUCCGCGACGUUUUGCGCCAGCGAAACUCUUGUCUAAGGCAAGCGGAGGCGCAGCCGCUUCUAGAGCAAGCCCCUCAUCGUCGCCCUUACGUCAGGCAAGACGUCCUCAACGAUCGCCUCCACGAGCGUCUCCUCCCAGACAUUCCCGUCGAUCGCCAUCACCGCCAGUGACCCGACGACGCUCUCCAUCACCGCCAGUAUCGCGACGCCGCUCGCAAUCGCCUAUCCGUAGACGCGGUUCGCCCGACAAUAAGGACAGACAACGCGCCGAUAACAAGAGGUCAGCCUCACCUCCGGGUCCUCUUCGAGCCAAUCUUCGAGCACAGAGAAGGUCGCCCUCACCCGUCACUAAAAAGGUUCAGAGAGAGGUUUCACCGCCUAAGAGGUCGCCCAUACGUAACGCUCCUUCACCUAAGAUAUCACCCAUGAAUGCCUCAUCCGAUCGAAGGUCUAAUUCUAAGUUAAACCCGACUUCUACUCAAACAAUAACUCCUUUGCCUAAUAAACCAAAACCUGAAAGACAUAGACUCUCGCCUCAGAAUAGAAGAGAUGCUAAACAUAGCGUUAAAAGUGAAGAGAAAGUAGUUGUUAAACGAGAGGAACCAAUUCGUGACCAAAAGCACACCAAUGAGUAA